AGGUAACGGUAAGAAGCAGAAAAAUGGCAAAGACAAGGAGCUUACCCCGCCACCACAGGCGGCCGAUGGUAAAACUCUGGCCAAUGGUCACACCGCUGGUGAGACGCCAUCAGUCAACGGUCUGAAUGGACACGCUUCCGAAUCGGAAUCGCACAAAGACGAUGAAAGUGGGAAGAAAAAAUCCGAAGCGGAAGUGAUGGAAAUCAUGCAAGAUACCGGUUUCACCGUGCAGAUCCUGUCACCCGGAGUAGAACCUUUAGAGAUUCAGGUUUCCAGUAUGGAAUUGGUGCAAGAAAUUCAUCAGCUUUUGAUGGAUCGUGAGGAUACGUGUCAUCGCACAUGUUUCUCGCUGCAAUUGGAUAGUGCUACUCUGGACAAUUUCGCAGAGCUUAAAAACAUCGAGGGAUUGAAGGAGGGUUCGGUCAUCAAGGUUGUAGAAGAACCAUACACAAUGCGUGAGGCACGAAUUCACGUUCGACAUGUUAGAGAUUUAUUGAAAAGCAUGGAUCCAGCAGAUGCUUACAACGGAGUGGAUUGCAGUUCGCUCACUUUCCUACACACCAUCACUCAAGGAGACAUCCUGGAAAAGAAGAAAGGGCGAUCCGAUAGUGUUGACUGUACUCCUCCAGAAUACAUCAUGCCUGCAGCAAAAGACAGGCCGCUCCUCCCUCUGCAACCGGGUGUAGGGAAGAAAGGCCCACAACCAUUAAAAGUUCUUACAACUUCGGCUUGGAAUCCCCCUCCAGGGCCGAGAAAAUUGCACGGAGAUUUGAUGUAUCUUUACGUUGUCACAAUGGAAGAUAAACGAUUCCAUAUUUCUGCAUGUCCACGAGGUUUCUACAUCAACAAGUCUACGGAUGAUGUAUUUGACCCGAGACCCGACAAUCCUAGCUAUUUGUGUCAUUCUCUGAUCGACCUUCUGUCUCAGCUGUCGCCAACCUUCAGGCGAUGUUUUGCACAAAUGCAGAAGAAACGCACCCAAAGACAUCCGUUUGAACGUGUGGCUACACCGUACCAGAUCUACACCUGGACAGCUCCUUCUCUGGAACACACAAUCGAUGCCAUCCGGGCAGAAGAUACGUUCUCUUCUAAGCUCGGCUACGAAGAGCACAUACCCGGCCAAACGCGUGAUUGGAACGAAGAAUUGCAGACGACGCGAGAAUUACCGCGCAGUACCCUGCCAGAACGUUUGCUGCGAGAACGUGCCAUCUUUAAGGUUCAUAGCGAUUUCGUAACGGCAGCUACUCGUGGUGCUAUGGCUGUGAUAGAUGGCAACGUAAUGGCCAUCAAUCCGGGUGAAGAUGCCAAAAUGCAAAUGUUCAUCUGGAAUAACAUUUUCUUCUCGCUGGGUUUCGAUGUUCGUGAUCACUACAAAGAAUUGGGUGGAGAUGCUGCAGCGUAUGUUGCGCCUAGGAACGAUCUGCAUGGUGUUCGUGUUUAUUCAGCGGUUGACGUUGAAGGGCUGUAUACUUUGGGAACGGUUGUGAUUGAUUAUCGCGGGUAUCGCGUUACUGCUCAGUCUAUUAUUCCUGGUAUUUUGGAACGAGAACAAGAACAGUCGGUGGUGUAUGGGUCAAUUGACUUCGGCAAAACAGUACUGUCGCACGAAAAGUAUUUAGAAUUAUUGAACAAUGCAGGCAAACAUCUUAAAAUAUUGCCCCACAGUGUCUUGAAUGAUAAGAACGACCCGAUUGAGCUGUGCUCCUCAGUAGAAUGUAAGGGAAUUAUUGGAAACGAUGGACGCCACUAUAUUCUGGAUUUGCUGAGAACUUUCCCACCCGAUGUAAACUUUUUGAAACUGGAUGAGGAGCUGAGUAAAGAUUGCAAAACUCUCGGAUUCCCCAUCGAGCAUAAGCACAAACUAAGCUGCCUGAGACAAGAACUUUUGGAAGCGUUCGUUGAAAGUAGAUAUCUUAUGUUCAUCAAACAUGCAGCAUUCCAGUUGCAACAGCUGAAUACUGUCAAGCGUCAGCAGAAACAGGAAGGCAAGGAGGGCGAAAAGAAGGAGGAUGCCAAAGCGAUUGAACCCGCUACAGUCACUAAGCAGUCAGAAUCAAACAACAAUGUUGAAUCGAAUGAAGAGAAAGCUGUCAAGAAAGAGGAAUCAACCGAAAAAGCCAAAGACAAACCAAGUGGUUUGCCGAAAGUAGAAACAGAGGAAGCUAAGAAGCUUAUGGAGUCGCUUCUGUCGAAUGACGAAAAGAAUGAAAGCAAGGAAGUGGUCAAACGUGCCUGCGAAGCUGUCGGAUCACUGAAAGAGUAUGAAUUUGAUAUAAGAUUCAAUCCUGAUGUGUAUUCACCAGGGAUCAAUCAUGUCGACAACGUGGACGCUGCAAAUUCUCUCAAAAAACAAAAACAAUUGGUUAAGGACGCUGCAGAGUUUUUGGUGAAACACCAAAUCCCAAGUUUUGUUCACGAUUGCCUUGACCACACUGCAGCUCCGAUGGAUGGAACAACUCUAACCGAGACACUCCACAGUCGUGGUAUCAAUGUUCGCUAUCUGGGUAAGGUCGCUGACAUGUUAGCUAAGAUCAAACAACUCGAAUAUCUACACACUAUUGCUGUGUCAGAAUUGAUAAUCCGUGCCGCGAAGCACAUUUUCACCACCUUCAUGCAAAAUACAGAAAUGAUGAGUCUUGCUAACGCGAUCAGCCAUUUCCUGAACUGUUUCCUAACCACCACAGUUGCCGUUACAAAUGCCGGCAAUUCAGCAGAUACGGAUGCCAAAUCUGGCUCUACUGGUAACAAACAGCAAAGACGUCAGCAGAAACGUGCUUCCGGUGGCAAGGGCAAUAAAUUGUCAUUCCACCCAAAUCAGGACAAUAACGAGUGGCAAUUACUUACCCCUAAAUCGCUGUGGGCUCAGAUUCAGCAAGAAUUGAAAGCCUACUGGGACUAUGAUCUGUUGCCAGCCGGGUCGCAUGACUCUGUCGAACCGGUUGCAGCACACUAUCGGUUCCAGAAGAUUAGUUUGCUUCGGGCGUUCUGCCUCAAGACCGGGGUGCAGAUUCUGUUGCGAGAGUAUAAUUUCGAAAUGAAAAAUAAGCCCACUUUUGGGGAAACCGAUAUUGUUAACGUUUUCCCAGUGGUCAAACACAUCAACCCGAGGGCUUCCGAUGCGUACAAUUUCUACACAACUGGUCAGACCAAAAUCCAGCAAGGCUACUUCAAGGAUGGUUACGAUUUGAUCAGUGAAGCUUUGAAUCUGUUGAACAAUGUAUACGGUGCCAUGCAUCCGGAGAACGCACAAUGCCUGCGAAUGUUGGCCCGGUUGAGCUACAUUAUGGGCGAUCCCCAGGAAGCGCUUGCCAUUCAGCAGCGGGCUGUUUUGAUGAGCGAGCGAGUCAAUGGGGUUGAUCAUCCGUACACUAUUGCCGAAUAUGCUCCUCUUGCUUUAUAUUGUUUCGCCAACAGUCAGGUCAGCACUGCCCUCAAAUUAUUAUAUCGAGCCAGAUAUCUUGCAACAAUUGUUUGUGGCGAGAAUCAUCCCGAUAUUGCUUUACUAGAUAGUAACAUCAGCUUAAUUCUCCAUGCUGUUGGGGAGUACGAACUAUCGCUACGCUUCCUAGAACACGCUUUGGCUUUGAACAUUAAAUAUUAUGGUGAAAAAUCGUUAAAGGUAGCGGUGAGUUAUCAUCUCGUAGCCCGAACACAAAGUUGUAUGGGCGAUUUCCGCUCGGCUCUCAACAACGAGAAGGAAACUUAUGCCAUUUACAAGCAACAGUUGGGCGAAUCGCACGAGAAAACCCAGGAAUCUUCCGAAUGCCUGCGUCAUCUGACUCAACAAGCGGUGGUGUUGCAGAAAAAGAUGAACGAUAUCUAUUCGAAUGGUAAACUUACGACUGGUCUUCCCCCAAUUCACAUCCAGCCUCCAUCGAUGGGAUCAGUGCUAGAUAUGUUGAAUGCAAUCAACGGUAUUAUUUUCGUACAAAUAAGCUCCAAAGAAAUAGCCAACCUGAAGAACGAAAUCGAGAAGCGUCAGAAGGAUGGCGCAUCUGAAACCGGAACGGUGCAGCAAGCAAAUCAAGAAGAAGUUGACCGUAUGUUAACGGAAACUAUGGCGAAAACUGCGGCAGGAAUUCCUUUUGAGGAGCAUGAUAAGCAUGAUCUUCCUUCGGUUGAAGUGCCCAGCAGCAGUACGUCGAAGGUGGUAAAUAAGACCGAAGUCACUAGUUCAACAUCAAGUUGAAAGAAGCGUCCAGCAGGUGCUAUUUUCUUUACAAAUGCUCGACAGAACUGACAGCAGAUGUAAGCCAAUAUGUCAGAUAGCAGUUUUCAAUCUAUUCUGCUAUUGCUAUUACCGUUCACUAUUACUAUCACACAUAGAAAACACAUACACAUUUCUACAGAAUCACCAUAACCUUCGAUUGAAGCAAAUAAUAAUAGCGUUAAGAAAGAUUUUUUGUUAGGCACGCUCCGGAUAGCGGCAGAUUUAGUAGAAACGGUUAUUUUUUUAAGAGUCUGAGUUUUUAGAAGCUCAGAAACAUUGAAGACUUUCUUGUAAAGUACCUACACGUUUCGUUAGUUUCGAUUUCUCUUGAACUAUUACUCUUGGUUUUAGUUAUUGCUUUUCAAAAUACGUAGAUUUGAAUACAUAACACAUAUACACCGUGAGAAUCAUAAAUUGUUAACCAAUUUGCUUAAAACGAUGUUCAUGAUAAUGGAUUUGAUCCAGAUGCAUCAUAAAUUGAACAAAACCGUGCAAUGAACUUUAAAGAUGCUACGUACUAGGUCAUUUCUCCAUCUGAUGAGCAAUAAAACGAAAUUAAAAAAUAUAAACUUUAUCACAUAAGUCGAUCUAUUGGAGAAGCAAGAUGACUCCAACAGUAACGACUAACAAAAUACAUAUUCAGAUUUUCUAUUCCAGAAUAACAGUGAACCCAUCCCCUAGUCAAUCCCUAGAUCAUGCCAUUGUUUUAAUUUGUACGCAUGGAACACCCCAUUUAAAGAGUAUCGUAUAAUUGCGUUACGCACAUCAAACAUUGUAAGAAUCUAAAAAAAAUCUAUCUUGUCACCAGGAUUAGGUCGAAACAUUCAUCAACCCGUUUAAAAAAACGCAGCUAGCUAGCAAUACCUAGAGAUUUCAGACGCAAUCAUCAUGAGAAGAGCUUUACACCUUUCCCUAUGAUUGAUCUAUUUGAUUAAAAACACGGCACAACAGUUGAUACACAAAUUAUGGAAACCUACCUGGAAUCUGAGCAGCUAAAAAUAGUUAGCCCUUGACUUUAUAUGUUUAAUAAAUAUCGACAACUAAAACCUGAACGAUUGCUUUGAAAUUCUAAGGAUUCAUGAACUAGUUUUCAGUUUGGUAGAAAAGAAAAGAAUUGUUCACGUUAAUGUUUGCCGCCAAAUGAUUUACGAAAAGAAAAAAAAUGUAGAAACCAACAGCUUUUCAAACAGAAACUUUUUUUCAAACAUGGAAACAGUAGGAAUCCAAAAAUGUAUUUGUUUUAGUACUACUUUCAUAUCUCGAAGGAUCGAAAAUAUAAUUACGAAUGAUUUA